AUGUAUGGCGCUGACGUCGAAAAAAACGACCCUUCUUCCUCUCCUUUCCACUCAUCUCAUCCGCCUUCCAUAUCACUGCGGGACUACUUCCUCGGCCGCAUUGUCAAGUACACACACAUGCAGUCCUCUGACUUUGUGUUAGCGGUGAUUUUCAUCAACAAGCUCCUGAAUGCUCGGCAACCAGCUCCACUUGGGGGACCUAAUGGAGUCGCAGUCUCUCUUUCAGCGGAGGACGCUUGCUCCCUACCGUCAGAAGGUUCGCGACAGUCGAACAGUUCUAUGUCAUCAAGACCAGCUCGGAAGGCCACGACAUACCGCGUUGUUGCCAGAGAAGACGGUAUUGAAUUCAACGUUCUUACCGCUCACAGGGUAUUGCUAACUGCAUGUCUCAUAGCCAAUAAAGUACAAUAUGAUCGAGGCAUAAUCCUCAAACACUGGGCUAAGCUUGGAGGUCUCGAGCGCGAUGAAGCUGUUACCCUCGAAGCCACCUUCCUGCAUAUUAUCGACUGCAUCUACGAGCACACCACAGACUCACAGCACCGCUUGCUGUACUACUUUUCCUUCUCAGGCGCGUGA